CUGAAUCUACAACCAGCAAACUCUUUACAAACAGCAAUCUGGGAUGAAGACCAGAUAAUCUGAGGAAUAUACAAUAGAAUCUCAAGUGUUCAAGAAUAAAAGUGCUUCUUGGAUAGAUUUGGUUUUUCCAAAAGAAAAAAAAAUGGAAAUAGAGAAGAGUAUCAACCAUGAUCUGGAUCAUGGCAAUGCUGUCCUUGAAUCCCCUAAGGUCUCUCAGUCAGUUCCAAAAGUGGAAAAAUCCUCAAGCAAACAACAGGAUGAGGUUAAAUUGUCCAAAACAGACAGCAGGGAAGCAAAAGAAACUUCAAUGAAGCCUCCAAACGGCAGACCUGAGGCCAGGACCUCAAAGAAGACAAGUGCCUCUAUGUCUGUCCAGAAGACCAAGGCCAGAAGUCCUUCAGCUUCUUCAUCAUCCUCUACCACCUCAAGAACUACUACCAAAACGUUUCCUUUAAAGCACAAAACACACUCAGUGAAUAUGAAGUCCCUGCAACCUCCAAACACUAACCAUCCAUCACAUGGUAUCAAAGAUCUGGAGAUCCGCCUGCUGCAAGUGGAGUGUGAAGAGCUCAAAAACCGACUAGGGUGCUUGAGGGAAGGGCUGAUGGGUCGGAAGCCAAGUGAUAUGGAGGAGCUAUUGAAACAGUCUCAGAAGGAGCUAUUGUGGCUUCAGAGGCAGCUGUCCUUCAUCGCUACAGGAGGGCCUACAUGCAUUUUGUCAGCUAGCCAGUUUAGAAAUGAUCUACCAUAUUUGCAACCUGCAGUGCCACAGAAAACAUUAGAUCGGAUCCGAUUUGUAGAAGAGAAAACCCAGAUUUUUCAAUCUAAUGUCACAACACUAACUCAAGAGAAUCAUCACUGGAGAUUUUUAGAAAAUGAACUGAAGGAUGCUGUGCAAGAGAAGAAUCGCUUGAGCCUUCAAUAUGCUAGUCUUUCCCACAAGGCACUGCAAUAUGACCAGGUGAAAUCAGACUAUGUUCAGCUUAGAGAAACCCUCACCAUAGUGACCAAAGAACGAGAUUUGGCUGUGAAGGAGAAACACCAGCUCCAAGCCAAGCUGGAGAACUUAGAGCAGGUCCUAAAGCAUAUGCGAGAGGCUGCUGAACGGCGGCAACAGCUGGAAUUGGAGCAUGAGCAAGCCUUGGCUGUUCUCAACGCAAAACAGCAGGAAAUUGAACUCCUGCAGAAGGCUCAGGUUGAAGCAAAGAAAGAACAUGAAGGCGCAGUUCAGCUGCUAGAGAACACCUUGGACAGCAUGCAGGCCAAGGUACGAGAGCUAGAGGAGAAAUGUCGGACACAGAGCGAACAGUUUAACCUCCUCUCCAAGGAACUGGAAAAGUUUCGGCAGCAAGCUGGAAAGAUUGAUCUCUUGAGCAGUAACUCAGUGGCAUCCUCAGAUGUCCUUGGCUCCCCUAGUAAAUCUCUGUCCCAGUUAAUGAAUGGAAUAGCCACCUCCAUAGGCAAAGGUAACGAAAGCCCCUCUGGAAGUCGUUGUGUGAUUUCGGAGUUUAUACGACCCCUGCAGAUAUCUGGUGACAAACCAGAACAGUUGUCCGUCAAACCUACUUUUCUGUCCAGGUCAAGAUCCGGCAGCCCAAGAUGCAGAUUUGAUUCAGACAUGGAUAAUGAACGGAAUUCCAAUACCUCAAAGCAAAGAUAUUCUGGGAAAGUCCAUCUUUGCAUCGCCCGUUAUAGUUACAACCCGUUUGAUGGACCGAAUGAAAAUCCAGAAGCAGAGCUCCCCCUUACAGCAGGAAAAUACCUCUAUGUGUAUGGAGACAUGGAUGAAGAUGGCUUCUAUGAAGGUGAACUUCUAGAUGGACAAAGAGGACUGGUCCCUUCAAACUUUGUGGAUUUCGUUCAAGAUAAUGAGUCCCGUUUGUCAAGCACCGUAGGCAGUGAGCAAGAUCAGAAUUUUAUCAACCAUUCGGGUCAUGCAUUGGAAGGAGAUAGUCUAUUGGAGCUCAAUCCGCCAAGUCACAUAGAGUCCAACGUAAUCAACAAUGGCACGGGAACUCUUGAUAUGAACAUUGAUGAAAUUGGAGAAGACAUUGUGCCUUAUCCUAGAAAAAUCACCCUUAUUAAACAACUAGCCAAAAGUGUUAUUGUGGGCUGGGAGCCACCAGUAGUGCCACCUGGAUGGGGAACCAUUAACAGCUACAAUGUCCUGGUUGACAAAGAAAUACGGAUGAAUGUGUCCUUUGGAAGCAGAACUAAAGCUCUUAUAGAAAAACUUAACAUUGCUACUUGCACAUACCGAAUAUCAAUUCAGACCAUUACGAGCAGGGGUAACUCAGAUGAGCUACUGUGCACUUUGUUAGUUGGGAAGGAUGUAAUUGUAGCACCCUCUCAUCUUAAGGUGGACAACAUAACGCAGAUUUCCGCUGAGCUGUCCUGGCUUCCUACCAAUAGUAAUUACAGUCAUGUGAUCUUUCUGAAUGAAGAAGAGUUCGACAUUGUCAAGUCUGCUAGCUACAAGUACCAGUUUUUUAAUUUGAAGCCCAACAUGGCCUACAAGGUGAAUGUCAUGGCAAAGCCUCAUCAGAUGCCCUGGCAGCUUCCUCUGGAGCAACGGGAAAAAAAGGAAGCCUUUGUGGAAUUUUCUACAUUGCCAGCAGGUCCUCCAGCUCCACCUCAAGAUAUUACCAUACAGGCUGGAUCGACACCAGCUACUAUACAGGUGUCCUGGAAACCACCAACCCUUACAUCCACAGGGACCUCCAACGGAGCAAAUGUUACUGGCUAUGGUGUUUAUGCAAAAGGCCAAAGGGUGGCAGAGGUGAUCUUUCCAACAGCAGAGAACACCUUCGUGGAGCUAAUGAGAAUACGGAAUGUAGAAGCUAAGGAAGUUACCGUGAGAACACUUUCUGCACAAGGGGAAUCUGUGGACUCUUGCGUUGCUGCCAUUCCACCUGACCUAUUGGUGCCUCCAAUCCCUCACCCUCGGACUGCUCCCAAAUCGAAGCCAUUAGCAAGUGCCGGGGCCCCAGAUACCAAAGAUGAACAUUUAGGUCCACGUUCAAAAAUGGAUGAGUCGUGGGAGCAGACUCGUUCAGCAUCUCCCAUUCAUGGACACACAUUGGAGCCUCCUGCCCCCAACUUUCAAAGCCCGCUUCAGGGAAGGAGGUCUCCCUCGCCUAAUCGAAUACUCCCUCAGCCACAAGGCACACCCGUCCCGAACACUGUUGCUAAAGCCAUGGCAAGAGAAGCUGCCCAGCGUGUUGCAGAGAACAACAGGAUGGAGAGAAGGAGUGUGUUUAGCGAAAGGAGUAAUAUGGCACAUUAUGCAAACUCAGAUGAGGAGGAAGACGGCUACGAUUCUCCCAGUGUUAAAAGGAGAGGGGCUUCAGUCGACGAUUUCCUAAAAGGCUCAGAGCUUGGAAAGCAGCCGCACUACUGCCAGGAUGAGGAGUACCACACGGAGAGCAGUAGGGGCUCCGACUUAUCCGAUAUCAUGGAGGAAGAUGAAGAAGAGCUGUACUCAGAAAUGCAGCUGGAGGAUGGAGGAAGAAGACGAGUCAGUGUAACAUCACACAACACACUCAAGGAAUGCUCUAAGAAUAGGACCACUGAAGCCGCUUUUUUGGAACAGCCUGACUUUUCACAGCAGACACACCACAGUAAAAAGCUUUUCAGUAUCCCAGAAGUAGCCGAAGAGGAUGUUGAGUAUUCUGAACUGUUGCACAAACAGGGUUUUGGUACGUCCUAUAAAAUGAAACCUAUGGUAGCUAGAUGCACUAGACCUCCUAGACCCUACAAUCAAGACAAACAGCACAACUUCUGGUACCCCGCCAAGCACAGAAUUUCAGGCAUGGAGGAUUUUGCUUCAGAAGACAAAGGCUAUAACUACAGUAGAUCCUUAACAAGAAGCCCUGACAGCGGACUAGACUGUGGAAGUGAGGAAGAAGAAUCUCGUUUUAAUUUCAGAAAUGCUUACAAUUUGAUUUCUGCCAAUGUUGCGCCUAGCUGUUGUGCAGAGACAGAUAACUGUUCAUGCAGAAAAAGCACAAGGCCAUUGCUUGCUCGCAGGAAAACUUUAACCAGGCAAAGCAGCAUUGAAGAAGACUUUGACGACCUGGGUCCUUCCUUUAUAGAGCCUAGAAGUGAGGAGGCCAAGCCCGGUUAUGAGAAAAAGUCUGAGACUCAAAAAUGCAAUAGAACAGAUAAUUUGACUGGCAAAGAUGUUCAGCGAAUAUGGAAGAUCAACUUACAAGUAAAUGACUCUAGGGCAGCUGUUCCACAUGCAGAGCCAUCCCACAGAGAUGCAGAAGACUCUCUGCUUUUAGGAAAUCCAUCAUCCACUGGACGACCUGACAGGAUGGAGCACACGGGUCGAAGGUUGUCUCAUGCCAGUGCAGUCCCACAAAAGUCUCGACCAAUGUUGGUCCCUUCCAUUGAAAUUACAAUGGACAGUAACAGUGAAGGCGGUCGGUCUCGGUCAGGUAGUGAGGGAAAUAUUUCACCUGUAAAAGAAGAAGCUUAUCGCAGAAUUGAUGGACACAAGAAAUGGUCUCAGCAGCGUACCAUGGCCUCUGACUAUAGAUACGAUGGAUACUGUAGUCGGGACCACCUUUCGCCAGAUAUUUAUGAAGAGUCAGAAACAGAUCCUGGCACAGAGGAUAUUUCUCCUCGAAUAUUUGUUGCUCUCUUUGACUAUGAUCCACUGACAAUGUCCCCCAAUCCUGAUGCUGCAGAAGAAGAGCUACCAUUUAAAGAAGGACAGAUCAUUAAGGUUUAUGGAGAUAAAGAUGCUGAUGGAUUCUACCGGGGAGAAACUUGCACAAGACUUGGCCUCAUUCCAUGUAAUAUGGUCUCUGAAAUCCAAGCAGAUGAUGAAGAAAUGAUGGAUCAGCUUCUGAAACAAGGGUUUCUUCCUCUGAAUACACCUGUAGAAAAAAUAGUCAACUGUGACCGUUUCAAAGAGAGCACACGCUCUGUACACCGCAGAUCCAGAAAGUCAAAAAGAGAAAGGAACAGAAGGAGUGGCAGACAGCAGUCUGUGUCAACACGGAGGAUGGUGGCACUAUACGAUUAUGAUCCAAGAGAAAGUUCUCCUAACGUUGAUGUGGAGGCUGAGCUUACCUUUUGUACAGGAGACAUUAUCACUGUCUUUGGUGAAAUAGAUGAAGAUGGGUUUUACUAUGGUGAGCUUAAUGGACAGAAGGGGUUGGUUCCUUCAAACUUUCUUGAAGAAGUGCCUGAUGAUGUAGAAGUCUAUCUUUCUGAUGUACCAUCACGACAUGUUCAAGACACACCACUGCGUACAAAAGCAAAAAGGGUUCCUCCUGAGAAUACAGGUACAUCAAGGAGAGCACCAUCUCCCACAGUCCAUCUCCAUUCUGGGUCACCUACGUCAUCUAUGGGUUCUGGUAGUCCCGGGAGAGGCAGGGAAAUGUCCUCGAAAAAGAAAAAGGGGCUGCUUUCCAAAGGCAAGAAACUGCUGAAAAAGCUGGGUGCAGUGAAAUAAUUCAUUUACUUCUGGACAACUUGUAAAGCUUCCAAGCUAUGUUUUUUUUAAGAAAACAAAACAAAAGAACAAAAAACUUCAAACUAGGGCUUUCAUGACUAUAAAGUACAUCUUUACAGAACCUUGGCAUUUUUAACUCUUUCUAAUCAUCAGAGAAUCAUGUGACUUGUUUGAUCAAAACAGCAAGAAAAAAAGAAGUGGAUUUGUUGCUACUAAAAAGCAAUGUUGUCAAUAUCUGUUUUUCUUCAAAAACCAUUUUGGGGAAUUAAGACUAGAAGGAUAUCAUCUUUUUGUUUCAAGGCACCUCCACACCUCUAACUCUAUUGGAUAAAUCUCUGCCUUUAUUCUCCUUUAACGUUGGGGGAAGCAGUAAAAUCUUAUUUGAGCCCUCUUCAAAAAUGCUCACCCCAAACUAGCCUAACAUUUAUCUUAAACAAAAAUGGUCUUGAAACUCCUAGUUUACUCAGCCUUGAUGUUUUGCCUUAUUAAUACACAAUGAUUCGUACUGUCUAAAUAUACAGCGUAUACUUUGUAUGUACUGUGUAUUCAAAUGUCUUUUCAACCUCACAGACAUGGUAGUUUAAGAUCAAGUAAUGUGCUACUGACUCCAUUUAAUGUCUGAUGUAAUUUUUGGGAGGCUGAAAAUGUUGUGCAGGAUGCAUUUUUAAACAUUUGUAGGAGUUCCUUUAGCAAACAUUCAAUAUACUAAUGUAAGGUAGCGUCUAAACUAUCCAGAGAAUGCAUACAGUGUUAAUAAUUCAAAAUCUUGUUUUAUAGCUCCUGGCACUCAUGUGAAAGUUUCAGUAUUCUAAACAGCCAGAAAACAAUAAUCUUUGCUCCCCAAGUGUUCUCUCUUGUGGAAGUGCAGUUUUAAGUUAAAAAUCAUUUUUCAUGUUAUUGAUGUCAGAAUCAAGAUAAAAAUGCAUGUACUAGGUGCAGCAAUGAAAGACGUAUGUUAUACACACAAGCUGUGACUAGUUAAAAGGCUCUACCACUACAGUACAAAUCUUUCAAAACACUAAUUCUAAUAUUGGCUUCUUGAGUAAAACAAUCUUGCUGGCAGACAUUGCCAGUUACUAUUUUGUAAUUCUUGUCCAUUUGUAAAUUGUUUUUACUGUUUAUACAUACUUUUCAGAUUGCCUUUCUUUUGUAAUUUAUGGAAGGUUUAUAAAUGAUCAAAGCUUUCCCCAUUGUGUCUUCAAAGAAUUAUAAUGUAAAUUACUGUAAGAUACUACUGUGUGCUAGAUUUAUGAAAUUAAAGAAAAUUACUGGCCUAAAUUUGUGGUAAAGUAUUGUGUGGGCGUGUGCAUGUGUACAGUUAUUCAUGUGUAAAAUAUUUUAUAUAAAUAAAUUUGAUAUUUUGUAGAA